UGUUCACCAUUUUCUCUUGAGACAGAAAAGUUUGAAAGAAUUUCUUUUCAAUUGGAACAACGAAAGGAUUUCAUAAAUGGCAGCCAAAAGACUAUCUAAAAUUGAAAAUUAUUUUAGCGUACAAACGGUCAAUCUGGUAUUCGUUGGCAUUUGGUUUAAUGUUGAGAAAAUUUUGAACAUUUCACCGCGGAUAACCAGAAUUUUGAAUUGGAUCUAUGAUAUCUUCAUAUUGACAUUGCUGUCGCACAUCCUCAUAUUGUACUUUAUUACGCUGAAGGCGAAGCUGGGAUACGAUGAAAUCUCUUUUAAUGAAAUAACCGAUGCUGUGUCACAGAUAAAUGUUUACGGAUUCACCACAUUCAUGCACUAUUAUUGUCGCAUCAGAAGCAAACGGCAUAUUGAGCUACUGAACUAUGUGAAUCGACAUUUUCGAUUUCGAUCGAAUAAAGGAUUGACCUACGUCACCUCCGAACGAAUUUAUUUCAUAACCAAAACUCUAUCAUUUUACUGGACACUCACGGGCGUGGUAUCAACACUAAAGUUUGGCCUGACUCCGAUAAUAACUCGAAAACGAAUGUUGCCGUUGAAAUUGAUGUAUCCAUUUGAGACACUGGAAAGUCCUACGUAUGAAAUUUUAAUGAUUCUACAGUCAAUAGCUCAAGUGAAUGUCGGAUUCGGUUUUUUGAUUUGUGUCAAUUUCGGUGUCGUCAUUGCAAUGCUUAUUGGUACCCAGUAUGAUAUACUGGCUGUAUCAAACAAAAAUAUACUGCACACAGCUAUGUUUAACGCUGGACGUAUUUCGGAGCUGAGAAAGCUCCAAGAAAAACACGAAAUACUCUACGACGAUUCAAACGUUUAUUACAUGAGCAAAGAGGAAAUGGACAAUCUAGAUGAUGGUGUGAACCCUACACCAGUCCAGAAUGGUUCGUUGAAUUGCAAAAGUCUUACCACUAAACCAUCGUCAUCGUCCCCAAAGGAUAGCCAUCCAAAGCUCUAUAACGAACUCCGUGAUGCGUUGCGGGAAAACGUUUUACAUCAUCAGACCAUUAUCGAAGCUCAUCGAAUUUUGGAGGACAUCAUGAGUCCAAUUAUUUUGGUGAAAUAUACACAGGUUACCACACUGCUUUGCACUCUCUUUGUGACUAUUCUGAAGAUAUCGGGCCCGGUAAUGGUCUCGUUCAUCGAAUACGGAAUGAUGGCCAUAUUUGACUUAGCCAUGUUGUGCUACGCUGGUGAAAUUAUUAAGACUGAGAGUCUUAAAGUCGGUGAUGCCCUUCUACGUUCCCAGUGGUAUCGAUUCGAUGUCAAAUUCCAGCGACUCAUUGUCAUUGUUUUGGCAAACACCCAAAAAUCGCUCGUUAUCACUGGCGGUAAAUUUUUCAAUCUUGGUUGGGAUUUAUUUGUGACUAGUUUAAAACUUUCGUUUUCUUGUUUCACCUUACUUAACAAGCUUGGAAAUAAUUAGAACUGUUAGAUAUGUUACAUGCGUAGCAGU